ACCAGGGGAGCUUCAGUUUCACGACAAAACUGAGAACUUUCAAGAUGAACGUUUACUGGAUACCCACGAUCCUCCUCUCCCUCUCCAGUGCUGCCAACAUGAUAAGCUCAAACAACUGUAAAGAUAAGCUCAGAACGUUCUAUGUGGUCCGUGUGUCUGUCAACGGCAUUGCAUCGGUCAGAUGCCCCAACCUGACAGGCAAGGACCAGGAGGAGAUGAGAUUCCACCUUUACCUGGGCUUGGUCGAGGUUGGCAACCACACUCACGACAGUGCUCACAACCACAACUCCACAGAGACAGUGAGUCCUGUUGGGGAGGGUCUGGGGCUGAGGGUGAACGAACAGGACCAUACGGUCAGUUUUGUCCUCUCUGGAAUGACCACGGAGCGCGCUGGAGUCUAUACCUGUGAGGGGUACCCCAUGUACCCACCUCCCAUUGAGAAAGUACCAGACGAGCCUCAGACCUUGGUCCUGGUUGAAGCAUUUCAGUGCCAGGCAGGGGGAUGUGUAGGCCCUAGAGUGCAUGGUGUCCCUGUUUGGGCAUGGAUGCUGGGGUUCUGGGUCACCACCAUCUAUGGCCUGCUUGUCACGGUCUUCGCCUUUGUCAUCUGGCUCAGACUGAGGAGAGUGGAGUGUUCCCAGAGUGACUACAUGAACAUCAAACCCAAAGCUCCACUCAGGGGGCACAGGAAGAAGCAGGGGGUCCAGCAUCCAAUCCGAAUGGGACGAUACUGAUCACUGUCAUCCUCAGAUCAGACAUCCUCAUACAAAAGUAACACGAGUUGAGCCUUUAUUGGCCCUUGAGAGCUGACUGGAGAAACAGACCAAGUUCUUGAUGUAAACAUGAAAGCUAGCUCUUCAAAUGAUGAGGUGCACAUCUAAUUGUACAUCUGAUUGCGUGUAAAUAAAGAUUUUAGUUAUC